GCCAGAAGUGAACUGUUGUUCUACAGUCUAGGCCUAGAAUCUACAACAGGUGACCCCACAAAUUUCCCCGAUUUUGCAUAGCAUCAGCCUGGCUGUUGUCAAGUCAACAUCAACAAGUUGAGGGAGGGAGGCCCAGCAGAAAAGUGGACCUAACACCAAGUUUACUUAAUAAGGAUAGCUGAGCUGCCACAUAGAUCUCAAGGAAACAACAGAUGGACAUGGACCCAUUCAUCACGCUACAAAGAACGGAGACAGAGGGGUUGUUACAGACACAAGCUUCAACAACAAUAGAGCCAUCUUCAACUCUGAAAACACUCACCUUAGCUCAGCGCCUUUAUGAACAGAGAUUCAACUGUGUUGUCUGCCUUGAUGCUAAGCUAGAGAUGGUUUAUGGAAUGUGUCAACACAAAGUUUGUGCUGAUUGUCUUUACCGGAAAGAUGGUAUUUUGAAGGGCUCCAUGGACAGGUGCCCACUGUGCACAAUGGAUUAUUCCUUUCCUUACCGCAGGCCAGAUAUUCCAGAUGAUAAUAUACAAGCCCAAAAAUGUCUCGGUGUUCGGGAGUGCCCAAAUGCAGGCUGCUCCUUCCAGACUUGGCAGUGGGAAAUGGAAGACCAUGUAAAAAUAUGCCAGCAUAGUGAAAAAAGGGCCUCAAGCAAACAAGCGGUAGUCAGCAAAGCGACACCAUCAGCUGCACGCCGCAAAGCCAAAACCAAGAGAGCCCAUGUGCGGUCUCCUUACCGACGAUCACCGCGGUUCUCAGUGGCUGAAAAUCAAGAAAUGUCACAUGAAUGAGUGGGGGAGGGGAGGGGUUGUUGUUUUUUUGGGGGUUUUUUGUUGCUUCUUUGGUCUGAUGUAAAAGGUUCUCUUUUGUGUUUUCUUUAUUACUUCACUGACUGAAGAAGCAAAAAAUGCUGGAGGGAUGUGCUUAUGGCUGGGACAAAAUACUGCAAAAUUGAAAGCCACUCGCCCACUGGUGUGCUUGAUUAUGUGAUAAUUUUUACGUAACUUCAACCAUAAUUAACUGUUAAUUGUUUUGCUCUUUUAAUGUUCUUAAAUUCUGGAAUAUAUUCCUUACCUAGAGGUAUUUGAGUGGUUUGCAGAUGUGCCGAUAUUGUUUUCUCCUUCUUUCCUACCAAACACCUAUCGUCUUUAACUUUCCCCUUCUUUUUU